ACUGGCUACUUAUUUGAAUAUGAAAUCACUUGUGAUUUUGACCUUGUAAACAGAUCAAGGCCUUAUUCAAAUCCUUAAUCACUCACUCUCCUCUGUAUAUAUUUUCAGAUCCUGAUUUCAUGAACCUUGGAGUUCCACCACCUCUUCCAAUUUGUGAGUUUGAGAUGAGCGGGCCAGAGGGCAUUGUGGAGUCUGUAAUGGUUGCGAAAGAGGGCAAAGCGUUGCAGACAGAGGCUGUAGACUGCAGGUGGUUCAUAAGAGGUCCUCCUGGCUCUAAGAUCUAUUUGCGCUUCCUGGAUUAUGAGAUGCAGAACUCGAACGAGUGCAAGCGUAACUUUGUGGCGGUGUAUGAUGGGAGCAGCUCGGUGGAGCAUCUGAAGAAUAAAUUCUGCAGCACGGUGGCCAAUGACGUGAUGCUGCUGACUUCAUUAGGUGUGAUUCGCAUGUGGGCCGAUGAGACCAGCCGCAGGAGCCGAUUCCGUAUCCUCUUCACCACCUUCCACGAGCCUCCAUGUGAAGGAGAUGCAUUCUUCUGCCAUAGCAACAUGUGUAUUAACCACACAUUGGUGUGCAAUGGUAUCCAAAACUGUGUCUAUCCUUGGGAUGAGAAUGGUUGCAAAGAGAAAAGAAAAGCCACAAUCCUGGACAGCCUUGACAAUACCAAUGUAACCAUUAUUGGAGUGACCUGCGGAGUGGUGAUUAUCCUGCUUACCGUGUCGAUAAUCAUUCAAAUAAAACAGCCACGGAAAAAGUACAUAAUCCGCAGGGAUGAAUUUGACCCCACCUUGCUUCACGAGGCCUUUGAACCCCCGCACUACGAGCUGUGCACGUUACGGCAAGCAACCUCAUCCGAUGAUGAGGUGUUACCUGAGGAUUUCCCCAAAUUGCAGCGCACCUCCUCCAAAUGCAUCCACGGUCACCACUGUGGCUCCGGGGUGUCCAGCACUCGAGGCAGCCGCACCGACCUCAGCCUGCGAGAUGCUGCUGCCAUUCUCUCAGAGAUGGAGACGUCAGUACAACCCCAGUUCCCUAUGCAAGCCACCCCUACUGGCCGCAGGAAUAUUCUGGUGAUGAAGCACAGCUACUCGCACGAUGGGGCUGAAGAGUGCGACCUGGAUGAUGAAUUUUAUGAUGGGCCCACCACCAGCCACGGGCGAGCUGCAAUGGACAGAACUGUGCAUCGGUCAAUAUCCAAUGACUUUUGAUGGUUUUCCAUGCACACCAGCCCAGCUUUCGGAUUUAUUGUUUCUUUAUUGUCUUUUGUCUUGGUUUUAUUUGUAGUGUUUUGUUUGUUGACAGACACAAUUUCCUUGUCUAGUCACUUCAUUUUCAUCAUUUUGCAUCCAUAAAGGAAUAUCAAUCAACAAACAUUGCUGUAUGCAUUAAA